CAACGGCAACAGAGGACCAAAAUACAAUUUGUAAACAUAACCAGCAUUUCGUGUAUUGUAAACAAGGGCGCCCACCAUUUGGGAGCUGGAGAACAAUAUACAAACCUUUCCCAGCUACGAUGAAAUUUUCCGCUACCGCUGCCAAACCAUGGGAGAAGGACCCCCAUUUCUUUAUGGACAUUAAGAUAUCAGAAUUGGCUCUGCUCAAAUUGGUUAUGCAUGAUUGUUAUGGACUUUUGCUUUACUAAUUGAGGGAACUUCGGGUAAAUGCUCAGGCCCAAGCCUACGAGCACAUGAGAGCCUACAUGGAAGCCGCCAAGGAGGUGCGACGAAUGGAGCAUUCCGCUAGCUGGUAUCACAGCCAUUCAGGUUACUUCUGUUGGUUGCCUGGCAUCGAUGUGUCCACUCAAAUGCUCAAUCACACCUAUCAAGAGCCGUUCGUGGCCAUUGUGCCCGCGCGCACUGUCUCUGCUGGAAAAGUGUGUCUCGGUGCUUUUCGCACAUAUCCCAACAGUUAUACAGCAACCCAAGGAAAACUCUUCCGGAUCCUCGUGGAUUUCGGCCUAGUCUGCAAGUUGGAGCAAAGUAAAAACUUUUCAGGUCGUAUUGAUGUUAAUGAGAAACGUUCGGAGAAUAAUCCAAGGCUACACGUGAUUGCAGCCGUCUUACCAUUGAGUUUAUACAUGAUCUAAUCGCGCAAAUUGUCAAAGAAAAGCUCUUUAAUGAGGUCGGUCUGGGCAAAUUGGGCGGUUGGCAACAUUGCUCCAAGCUGGAGAUAAUGGUCGAAAAGGAAGAGCAGCGUUCAGAUGAGCUGGAGAAAUCUUUGGAAUUAGCUGAUUCAUGGAAACCUUAGGGGGAUGAGCUCUUAUACUCCAAGAUUUCACGGCCCAUAAUUGAACGCAUGCGAAAGAGUGAAGAACAUGUGUGCCAGAGUUUCGCAGAGGUCUUCGUGAUCUUUAUUGAUGUAUUAAAUGUCUACGAUUGUGGUUCGAAUAGCAUUCAGGAUGCCAUGCAAGCGGUGACCACAUUAAAUAAAGUAUUCUCUGCAUUGGAUGAGGAAAUCAUCUGUCGUCUAUAGGGCAGUCUCUGGGGCCAAAAGGUGCCGAGAUAUUGUCUGUUUGGCGAUACCGUAAACGCAGCUUCCCGCAUGGAGAGCAGCUGUGGCCCAUGGAAAAUACAAUUAUCGAAUUACACGGCUAUGAAGGUAAACAAAUUGGGCUAUGAAGUCGAAACGCGAGGAUUUGUCAAGUUAAGGGUAAGGGUGAUAUGGAAAUCUAUUGGUUAAUAGAUGGACCAAAAUGCU